UUCCAAGAUACUUGGGGACUGCAUCACGGCUGCUCAGUUGGUUUACUCCGUACGUAAACAGCACAGCAGGAAGUUGCAUAUUGAUAUUCUCUGAAACAGGUGAAAUGGAGAGGUAACGCAGACUGAGGCACGGACACAGAGGAGAGCAGGGUGCCGGUGUCACCACCACUGUCACCAUGACCGAGUGCUUCCUGCCCCCUGCCAGCAGCCCCAGUGAGCACCGCCGGGUGGAGCACCCCGGGGGAAUGGCCCGCACCCCCAGCUCCGAGGAGAUCAGCCCCAUCAAGUUCCCAGGGCUGUACCGAACCGGCCAGCCCUCCCCAUCCCACGAUGGGCUGCACGAGCCUGCAGACGUGGCCUCUGACGAGGAGAAGGACCACAGCAAGAAGAAGGGCAAGUUCAAGAAGAAGGAGAAGAGGACUGAGGGCUACGCAGCUUUCCAGGAAGACAGCUCGGGAGAUGAAGCGGAAAGCCCCUCCAAGGUGAAGCGUUCCAAGGGGAUCCAUGUGUUCAAGAAGCCUAGCUUCUCCAAGAAGAAGGAGAAAGACUUCAAGGUGAAGGAGAAGCCUAAAGAGGAGAAGCACAAAGAGGAGAAGCACAAGGAAGAGAAGCACAAAGAGGAAAAACACAAGGAGAAGAAAUCUAAAGACCUAACUCCCGCUGACGUGGUCAAGCAGUGGAAAGAGAAGAAGAAGAAGAAGAAGCCCGGUGCUGAACCGGAGGCAGUCCUUCAGGAAGCCCCCUGCCUGCGGCCAAUCUUUGGAAUCCCCCUGGCAGAGGCUGUUGAUCGGACAAUCAUGUACGACGGGGUCCGUCUGCCUGCCAUCUUCCGAGAGUGCAUUGACUAUAUUGAGAACUGUGGCAUGAAGUGCGAAGGCAUCUAUCGAGUAUCAGGAAUGAAGUCGAAGGUGGACGAGCUGAAAGCUGCCUAUGACCGGGAGGAGUCCCCUUGUCUUGAUGAUUAUGACCCCCACGCGGUGGCCAGCCUGCUGAAGCAGUACCUGCGAGAGUUGCCGGAGAAUCUGCUGGGCCGGGACUUGACAGUCCACUUUGAGGAGGCCUGCAGUUGCCCUUCUGAUGCUGAAAAGGUGCAGGAGUUCCAGCGGUGGCUUGCCGACAUGCCUACCUGCAACCACCUGAUGCUGGCAUGGCUCUUGGUCCACAUGGACCAUGUCAUUGCCAAGGAGGCCGACACCAAGAUGAACAUCCAAAACAUCUCCAUUGUCCUGAGCCCCACUAUCCAGAUCAGCAACCGGGUGCUAUAUGUGUUCUUUACCCACAUCAAGGAGCUGUUUGGGGAUGUGAAGCUGAAGCCGGCAGUGAAACCCCUUCGUUGGUCCAACAUGGCCACCAUGCCUGCCCUGCCAGAGACACAGGAGAGUGUCAAGGAGGAGAUACGCAGGCAGGAGUUUCUUCUGAACUGCCUACAUCGAGACCUGCAGGCAGGAAUUAAAGACUUAUCGAAGGAGGAGAGGCUGUGGGAGGUCCAGCGUAUACUGACAGCACUAAAACGGAAGUUGAGAGAGGCUAAAAGACAGGAAUGUGAAACUAAGAUUGCCCAAGAGAUUGCAAGCCUUUCCAAGGAAGAUGUUUCCAAGGAAGAAAUGAAUGAAAAUGAAGAGGAGGUCCUCAAUAUCCUGUUGUCCCAAGAGAAUGAGAUCCUCACAGAGCAAGAAGAGCUGGUGUCCAUGGAGCAGUUCCUGAGGAGACAAAUCGCUUCUGAGAAUGAAGAAAUUGAGCGUCUCCGAGCUGAAAUCGCUGAAAUUCAAAGCCGUCAGCAGCAGCAUGGGCGCAGCGAGACAGAGGAGUACUCCUCAGACAGCGAGAGUGAGAGCGAGGACGAGGAGGAGCUGCAGCUCAUUCUGGAGGACCUGCAGAAACAGAACCAGGAGCUGGAGAUUAAAAACACCCACCUCAACCAGGCGAUCCACGAGGAGCGAGAGGCGAUCAUUGAGCUGCGGGUGCAGUUGCGACUGUUGCAGACCGAGAAAGUGAAGCAGGAGCAGCAGCAAGGCCAGGAGAACGGGGGGGAGGAGCUAGGGAAGCGCACUGCCAGCUUCACCAGUGUCCAGCUACAGAAGGACCCCAUUGGGACUGAGACCAAGGCUGGCAAGGAGCCUCUUAAACCAUCUCCCAGCAAGGACCGCAGAGAAACUCCCAUCUGACGAGCCAAUUGGGAGAAACAGCAGAAUGGCUUGGAGCAAGUGCACUGUAAUGUCAGGUGCAUGUGAUCUUGUCCUGCGUACAAAAGUUAAGGGUGCAUUCUUUUAGACUUUGUGGUUAUGCCGUGGGACUCCACUCUGUACUGCAGACUACUGUUGUGAUGAUAAGUUAAGGUGAUGUAUGACUGUGAGAUGCAUGUAAACUUUGAACUGUAUGUGAUUCAAUAUAUUUACUUAAGUGCUUAUCAUACAGCAUUUCCCUUGUCUAGGUUAAUAUUAGAGGUGUGCAAAUCAAAUUGUUGUUUUAAUUUGUCAAGUGUGCUGAGUGACAGGUCAUAGGUCCAUAAUUCCUUCUUCUUUACACUGGAUUUUUGCCUGAUGUCUGUCACUGGUUUAAUUAAUGUAAAAAAAAAAAAGGUUUGAUUAGAAUGUGGCCAAGCCUUGUAUUACGAAGAUCUGUUCCCAUAAAUGUCUUUUCAGCUGGAACAUAAAUUUCCAUAUGAUUAUUUGUCUCUAGUUAAAUUUUACACCAAUUUUAUGGAGAACUGAAUAAUUUUCAACUGGCAAAAUCAAUUCCACGCCAUGUGAAAUACUAAUUGUAUUUAUUGUUUGGGGGACAUUGUUUUUUCAGGCCUUGCCUUGCCUUACCCAAUUCCCUAUGUUGUGUUGCAAAGGAAGGGUCUGUUUUAGAUUAGGUAUUAAUGUGGUGUUUGAGAUUGAGUUCACAUCAUUUUUAUCCCAAAAGCUAUCCCAUUUUAUCAGAACUAAAUAUGUAACAAUGAGCUCACCAGGUGUUUGUCUAACUCAAAACAUUGCAAGAAAAAUGUGAAAUGCUUAGUUUUGAUAUUACUGUCAGUAUUUAUAUAAUUUCAAAAGCUUAUUUAAAAUGAGUCACUAACUCUUACCUCUACUUAUGUUGAAAUCUUUGGGCUUUUCACUAUGGGGUGUUUUGUAGUUCUUAAUGAACCUUGAUGAAUCAUUCUGAAAUAAUAAUAAACAUCCAUUUUACUGA